AUGGCGCGGACCAUGAGACCCGACGACAUCAACCCCCGGACGGGGCUGGUGGUGGCUCUGGUCAGCGUCUUCCUGGUGUUUGGCUUCAUGUUCACCGUGUCCGGCAUCAAGGGAGAGACCCUGGGGGACAUCCCACUGCUGGCCAUCGGGCCGGCCAUCUGCCUGCCGGGCAUCGCCGCCAUCGCCCUCACCAGAAAGACCGACGGCUGCACCAAAUGGCCCAAGAACAAGUGUCCGUGCUGCAAGCAAGUCAAGGACCGGGAUGUCAUGGAGCUGCUGAGGACCCCCUCGGACCUGGAGUCUGGCAAGGGGAGUUGCAACGAGCUGGCCAAGAAAGCAUACCAGAAGGACAGGAGGGUGCUGCGGGGCGAGGACUCAGUGUCCAUCUGCACCACCACCACCACUACCACCACCAUGGGAGAGUGCAAGAGCCUCAUCAGAAAGGUGGAGCAGGAGGAGAUGCUGAGGUACCUGGAGACCUGUUACCCAGAGAUGCCGGGGAAUGUGUUCGUGGGAGAUGGCUCCAUGUACAGUGCCUUGGAGAAGAGCUCUUCUCCCACCAGGGACAGUGCUGCUUGCCCUGACAUUGAAGACAACAUUUUUGUUGCUCCUAAAGACAGUAUCAUCAUCUGCUCUUACAAGGAGAACAGCCCUUAUGACAGAUACUGUUGUUACAUAAACCCUACUGGAGUCAACUCAGACCAGGAGACCAUAGUGUGA